GCCUUUUCGCCACUCGCCCUUCCUUGUGAAAGGGCGAGCGUCGCCUUGUUUACCUGGCGACGCAGAGGAACGUCACGAGAAGGAAGGGAAAUCUGCCUCCAACCUCGCCAUGCCUUCUGAUGAGUAUUUCGCGGCCAAGGGCUCUCUCAAAGCUGAAGGGAGUCGAUGAUUCCGGAGUAAAGAAGAAAAAGAAGAAAAAGAAGAAAGACCUUGAGCGCCAGAUGGAAGCAAGUAUUAGACGUGAGACUGAGGCUGAAAUUCAGAAAGAAGUUUCUACCAGUUCAUCGCGAUCAUAUACAGAUGCAGAGAAAAGAUUUUUAGAGCGAAAAAGGAAAAUGGAAGCCGAGCGUAUCCUGAAGAAAGCUAGCUUGACACACAAGGAAAAAGUGGAAGAAUUCAACAGACAUUUGGAUUCUCUUACUGAACACUUUGAUAUUCCUAAAGUAUCAUGGACCAAGUGAAGUGGGAAGAAUUACAUACCGUUUGUUUUUUUUCACAUUUAUAUUAUGGAAAGUAGGUUUUUUUUUCGUUCCUGUAUAUUAUGGAAACAAGGUUUUUGUUUCUUUCCAUUAUUGUUCAGGUAAUAUUGCAAAAAAAUAUAUGGUAACUAUUGAGUAAAUGACUGGAUUUAUCCAAAAUCAUUUUAUUUACCCUUGUUAUUGUGUUACUUCAUAUUCACAGCUAUGGACAAAGCAAAUAGAAGCCCAAUAUGUAUAUUCUGUUCAUUGCAUGAUGUAAUUAGAAAAUUAAUAUUUUUCAUGUAUCAUGAUUUCGUGAUUUUAACUGUAAGUUGGAUAUAAUAAAAACAAAAAUACGUG